AUAUGCGUUUUUAGUCUUGCCCCUGAUUUUGCUACAGAUCGCGAUGUGUCAGUCACAGAUAAGUUUGGCUCCUUUCAAGCGUGGUAUUGAUCCGUGAUACAAGGACCCAUAUAUCGUGCUAUCUCUGACUUUCUUCCUAUCCAGUUGCCAAAUCAACAAUGAGCCCUCGAAAGCGCAGGAUUUCCGUCGUGGAGGACCCUGUGGAAUAUCCCUUCUUCAUUACCUUCAGAGAAAAAGAGCGACGCAACAACAACAAGAGGAAGCGCGACAGCCAAGAGGAGGAGAGUAUGGUGCAGAUCCAGAAUUCUCCCUUCUUGCCUACCGGCGCGUUCAAGACGCACGAUACCAUGGACGUAUCUUACACCGUGGAGCCUGGAAAGAUAUGGCCGAGCAUGACGCGGUACAACAGCUUCAUCCUGAAUGGGGUCAAGUAUUACAAUGAAGACUUUAUCUUCGUCGCUAACAAGUCGACUAUUGAGCGACAACAAGUAGCGGCGAGUCUAGGCAAAGAUGAGCCUACCAAGCAGUCGGCCGACGAUUGGGUGGCCCGUAUCUUAGAGAUCCGGGCUGCGGAUGAGUACCACGUUUAUGCGCGCGUGUACUGGAUGUACUGGCCUGAAGAGCUGCCACAUGGAACGCUCGAUGGGAAGAAGAUGGUCCAGGGACGUCAGCUAUACCACGGUCAGAAAGAGUUGAUCGCAUCGAAUCAUAUGGACAUCAUUAAUGUUGUCAGCGUUACCAUGCCGGCUACUGUCGUUCAAUGGAUCGAGUUAGAUGACGAUAAGAUCCAGGACGCGUUGUACUGGCGGCAGGCGUUUGACUUUUGCAACUCGCAGCUUUCAUCCGUUGAUAUAUUGUGCAAAUGCGAAACCCCAGCAAACCCCGAUAGGAUGAUAGUAGGAUGCACCAGCACGGCUUGUGGGAAAUGGAUAUAUAAAGAAUGCCUUAAUUAUGACGUGCUUAUGAGGGUGUACGGCCAACUAGGCACCGGCAAGUCACACCAAACCAAGGCGACGAUUAUUAAGGAAAAGCAGAGUGACUAUAAGGCAGCGUGCCCGCUCAACCCAAAAAAUGGGGAGGAGAAAGAGACACAGUCGGUAAUUGACGCCAGAUACGGCGAGGCCUAUAAUAACAGCCUUGUCAAAAAAGUUGAGGGAGGGAUCUCACGACCGUCGGAGGCACCAACCCCAGGUCCUAUAACUUCAAAUACCGAUGCGCAAGCAAAGCCGACUGCAAAAAAGAGCCGCAAGAGGAAGGGCGCUGACUGCAAGCUAUACGAAGGGCUCUUUAAGGCGACUCUAAAUUUAAGCGAUUGUCCUACCACGUGGGAAAUUCAGGAUCUGCGGGAAAACGUCUUGGGCGGUGAUGAGACAUGGUCCGAGCAGGUUUAUUGUUUAUUCUGCGGCGUUACUAUUAACUGAACUAUUCACGCAUCGCGACUAGGUCCACAAGCGCUUCCUUGGGCCAGAUCUAUCCAUAUCCACGAACGAGAAUUCCAGCCCCAACCCCACCCGAGGGGGUUGGUCGGUUAAUAGGGUAGUUGACUUAAUGGUUUUGUCACCUGCAAUUCUGCCGCAGAUGUGAAAUUUUAACAGUCUCUUUCGGUAAGAAAGUCCAUCUCUCGCACACCUGAGAUGUAGCAGUCUAAAUACAUGAGCC